GCUCGUCUAGUCCCUCAUUCUUCGCUCAGCGAUAGAACGUGAAGGAUCUCAACUUUACGUGCUCUCUGCACUUGAACGCUUUCUGGUUUCUGUAAUCCUCGAUUACUAUCUUGUUUUUUCCUUCUUUCAACGCAAGUAAAGAAAAAAGAUCAACAUGAGCGACUGGGAAGAAGAAACUUUUUCUGUAGGACCUACUAUCUCUGCUGGAUAUGGUCAUGGUCACUUGAAAAAUGAUUUUAACGAUGACUCUGGAACCUUUUGUAACAGCAAAAAGGACUAUUACGACAAUGAAUAUUCUCAAAAUCAGGGAGGAGGAGGGGGUUUCAGAGGAAGUCGUGGUGGUGGUGGCGGCGGCAGAGGUGGAGGCUUUGGUAGAGGUCGUAGAAACGAUGAUGAAAACAGCUUUGAUAAUUCUAAUGGAUAUGGCGGUGGAAAACGCAAUGAAGAUAAUCCCUUCAGCAAUGGUGGUGGUGGUGGAAGGAGCUAUGGAAGUGGUGACAAUGGAGAACGAAGUGGUGGUGGAUUCAGAGGAGGAAGAGGUGGAAGAGGAGGAGGAGGAGGAGGUGGAAGAAGCUUCAAUAGAAAUAACAGCGAGCAAAGUGAUAAUCCUUAUGGAAGUAGUAAAGGUUUUGAUGAUAAUCAAAACGAUAAUCCAUUUGGAAGCAGCAAUAAAGGUGGAUUUGGUGAUGAUAACAAUGAUGAUCCAUGGGGCAGUAAAGGUGGAUUUGGUGAUGAUGGAAAUGAUAAUUCAUACGGAGGCAGAGGUGGUCGUGGCGGUGGUCGCGGACGUGGUCGAGGCGGUAGAGGUGGAGGAGGAGAUCGUGGUGACCGCGAAGACCGUGGUUUUGGAGGAAAUAAGGGAGACCGCGAAGACGGGGAAGGAGGCGACGAGAAGCCUAGAGAAGUCUACUGCCCACCAGAAUGUCCAGAAGAUGACACUUUGUUCGGAGUUGGAGUAAAAGCUGGUAUUAACUUCAACAAAUAUUUUUCUAUUGAAGUCAAGACUACAGGAAAUGAUAUUCCACCUCCAAUUACCACUUUUGCCCAAGCAAAUCUUCGUGAUUUGCUCAAUGAGAAUAUAAUGAAAUCUGGCUAUGAAACUCCAACACCGAUUCAGAAAUACGCUAUCCCAAUCCUAAUGAAGGGUCGAGAUUUGAUGGCUUGUGCUCAAACAGGAUCGGGAAAAACAGCUGCUUAUAUGAUUCCCAUCAUUCAUAAGUUGCUUGAGAAAUCCAGAGAUUACUCUGAUAUGGGUUCUGCUAAUACAGUUGAGCCUCGGGCUCUUGUAUUUGCCCCAACAAGAGAAUUGGCGAUUCAAAUAUCUGUUGAAUCAAAGAAGUUCUCGAAAGGAUCCUGUUUGAAGUGUCAAGUUGUGUAUGGUGGUACAUCUACGGGAUUUCAAACAAGACAGAUAUUUAAUGGUUGCGAUAUACUCGUUGCUACACCAGGAAGAUUGCUUGAUUUAGUAGGACGAGGAAAAAUUUCAUUCAAUGCUAUUGAAUUUGUGGUUCUUGACGAAGCUGAUCGUAUGUUAGAUAUGGGAUUCUUGGGCGAUGUCGAAAAGGCUGUUCAACACGAAACAAUGCCACCUACAAGCGAACGCCAAACUCUUAUGUUCUCGGCGACGUUCCCCGAUUCUAUCCAAGAGUUGGCUAGGAGAUUUUUAAACAACUACAUAUUUGUGACUGUUGGUAUUGUUGGUGCUGCUUGUACAGACAUCACCCAACAAUUCUUGGAAGUUGGUAAAAGUGAAAAGAGAGGAAAGCUCCAAGAGAUCCUGCAAGAAGAGCAAGUUCAGGGCAACAUGGAAGGCAUUAUGGUUUUCGUUGAUCAAAAAAGGACAGCAGAUUUUGUGGCAGCCUUUUUAUCUGAAAAUGAUUACCCUGCCACAAGUAUUCAUGGUGAUCGGCUUCAAAGAGAAAGAGAACAAGCUCUUAACGAUUUUAAAGCUGGACACAAGAAAAUUUUGGUCGCCACUUCUGUUGCUGCUAGAGGUCUAGAUAUUCCCAAGGUCAGACAUGUUAUUAACUAUGAUUUACCAAAAGAAAUUGAUGAUUAUAUUCAUCGUAUUGGUCGAACUGGACGCGUUGGAAAUCAAGGUAAAGCGACUAGUUUCUAUGAUGGUCGUUUCGAUUCGAGAUUGCAAGGAGAUCUAUGCCGAAUUUUGAACGAUGCGAAACAAGAGAUACCCGACUUCUUGUCUGCUGGGGCAGACGGCGGUACUUACGAAUCUCAAGCUUUCGGUGGACAGGAUAUCCGGUUUGAUGAUGCUCAAUCCUCAUACAAAGGUGCUGCACAACCAGUGGAGGCUGAAGAAGACUGGGAAUAAAUUGCAAAUUUUUGCAAGCUGUUUAAUGCUUUAACCACAUUAUUUAAACAGUAUUCACGUCUACUAAGUAACUUAUACUUAAUUAGAAUAUUAAACUUCAAGAUCGACAGUAGUCUUACUGUGUUAGUUAAACUUAUAACUUAUAAGUAACUUCUAAAAUCACUAGCGAUUAAUAGCAUUUUUAUUAAUUUUUUUUUUGAAAUGUUGAACCUAACUGUAGGUUGAAAUAUUUUUUAUACCAACCUAAUUUUAGGUUUAGCAUCAACGAUAGUUAAUGUAAACCGAUUAAAAAGUUGAUGACUAUAAUAAACUUAAGUAUUUUUUGAAA